CACUAGAACUUCAUUCACCGAAGAGAUCUCGACGUAUUCGACGAGUCUCACCUCUUUAGAUGUUCCUGCUCGCGGAGUGACUCACUUGUAGCUGCUCUCCGACCGUAAUACGGCUCGGCGCGGAGCGCAGGAUCAUUCGCGUGGAUUUUCGUCGCGUCAGUGGAUUGCUUUUCGUCGGAGUUGAGGUGAACUGUACUGAGUAUCUGGCGGGAUGUAGCUUUUGAUGAAUACCUCGUCUCUGACAAGUUUAUGCGCAUCUGAAAAGGAACUACGACAGUCGGCUAUAUUAACCAAUCAACUAACUAAGAAAGGGAUGAUUUGACUCACAUUUGGCGCAUUUUCAUCCACUUUCCUGAAGAGAAAAAGAAACUCGGAAGAUUGUGUCCUUUUUUUCCUUUCCAGAUGAUGCUGACUUUCUUGGAUAUGAUGUGAUACACGAAUAUUUGCGUUUGCCAACGCAUGAGGCUUUCUCUCGCAAGGCAUUCCGUAGGACAUAAUCACAUUUCAAGGAAAUAAGCAUCUUGAAAUCCGCACUGGGCUGUGAGUAGAAAUCUAAUCAGAUCGGGUGCGUAAAGGGGGAAGAAAAGUUCCGUUUUAAAACCAUGACUGUGGAAUAAGAACAUCAGCUGUCUGCGUUUAUGGGCUGUUGAAGAUUGAGAUGAAGAUGCAGGGAAUGGUCCAUCUCAGGGAUAAAACCCAUCUAUGCGUAUUUGCUGAAUGUGAAAACCCAAAUCUGUAGUGCUGAACGCCAAGAAUGACACGCAGAACGAGGGAGACGACGAAUUAAUUGAUUUAUCAGCAGGAAAAGACUUGGUACACCGGAUUUUGAUGAUGCAGGGCAAGAAAGCAUCGAGAUAUUUGCUCUAGAGGCACUCGACCAUAUGAUGGCAUUGACAGGAAGACCGAAUGGAUAUACGGGAGCGAAUUUCUUCUCAUAGAAGCUUGUAAAACUGCUCUUGGAUAGCUUGGAUAGUCCAAAGUACACGCUGAAGAACAUUUCAUUCGCACCGCGCCACGUUCCUUGAGAAUUGCGGAUUGAUUUUCGUGCUUUGGACGCGAACGGAACGGUGAUUUGAACCUCACCGAUUGAGAAAGGCAAAGCCAGCUAGCGAAACCCGAGCGUGAAGAUGUCCAGAAGCUGCUGGCACUGUGGAAGACUUGGCAGUUUGGCCUAAUAUAACCCUUCCCAAAAAGUGGAGAACCUGUCAGCGAAUUAUGAAUGAUAAACAAGAUGACCUCCUCCCUGAUGCAGCAGACGAUGAGAGGUCCUAGGUGGAACCGGGCCCUGUCCGACCCAUUGUUCGUGCUGUCACUGGCCCUGCAGCUUCUGGUGGUGGCUGGCCUGGUGCGAGCGCAGACCUGCCCCUCCGUCUGCUCUUGUAGCAACCAGUUCAGCAAGGUCAUCUGUACACGACGUUCCCUUCGAGAUGUACCUGAUGGUAUUUCCACCAACACAAGGUACCUGAACCUUCAGGAGAACCUCAUCCAGGUGAUUAGGGUUGACAGCUUCAAGCAUUUGAGGCACCUGGAGAUCCUGCAGCUCAGCAAAAACCAUAUCCGCACCAUUGAAAUUGGAGCUUUCAACGGGCUGGCCAACCUCAACACUCUGGAGCUCUUCGAUAAUCGUUUAACCACAAUCCCCAAUGGGGCUUUCGAGUACCUGUCCAAACUUAAGGAGCUUUGGUUGAGGAAUAACCCUAUUGAGAGUAUACCCUCUUAUGCCUUCAACCGUGUACCAUCGCUGCGAAGGCUAGACUUGGGUGAGCUGAAAAGACUCACUUAUAUUUCAGAAGGUGCCUUUGAAGGCCUCAGCAACCUGCGGUACCUGAACCUGGGCAUGUGCAACUUGAAGGAGAUCCCCAACCUUAUUCCUCUUGUUCGUUUGGAUGAGUUGGAGAUGUCAGGAAACCAGCUCUCUAUUAUUAGGCCAGGGUCUUUCAAAGGCCUUGUCCACUUACAGAAACUGUGGAUGAUGCAUGCACAGAUCCAGACUAUCGAGAGAAAUGCCUUUGAUGAUCUUCAGUCCCUUGUGGAGCUCAAUUUGGCCCACAAUAACCUUACCCUCCUGCCUCAUGACCUCUUCACCCCACUACACCACGUGGAGAGGGUACAUUUGCACCACAACCCCUGGAACUGCAACUGUGACAUCCUCUGGCUCAGUUGGUGGCUAAAGGAAAUGGUGCCGGCCAAUACCAGUUGCUGUGCCCGCUGUGCGUCACCUACCAGCCACAAAGGGCGCUACAUCGGCGAACUCGACCAGAACUAUUUCCAUUGUUAUGCACCGGUGAUCGUGGAGCCCCCGGCGGACCUGAACGUGACUGAGGGAAUGGCAGCAGAACUGAAAUGUCGAGCGAAUUCUUUGACCUCAGUCAGCUGGAUCACGCCCAAUGGGUCCAUCAUGACGCACGGGGCAUACAAGAUACGCAUUUCCGUGCUCAACGAUGGGACGUUAAACUUUACCAAUGUCACGAUGCAGGACACUGGAACGUACACUUGUAUGGUGAGCAACUCCGCAGGCAACACAACAGCCUCCGCUACUCUUAAUGUGUCUUCGACAGAGAACAGCAGCUUCAGUUACUUCACUACAGUUACCGUCGAGACCACAGAAUCGUCACAUGAUGAGGGCCACCCAACAGUACAGCAGAAAGGCGCCCCAACUCCUUCUUCUGGAAUUUGGGAGACUUUACCACCUUCUUUCACUACUACCACCACCACCACAGCACGGACGCCACUGUCCACCAAGGCCACCGAUAAGACCUACACCAUCCCUGUCACGGCCCUGAUCGACGGCUCCCUCAACACCUUGGAUGAGGUCAUGAAGACCACGAAGAUCAUCAUUGGUUGCUUUGUGGCCAUCACGCUGAUGGCGGCCGUCAUGCUGAUCAUCUUUUAUAAAAUGCGCAAACAGCAUCACCAGCAAAACCACCACGCACCGACACGAACCAUUGAGAUUAUCAAUGUAGAUGAGGAUUGCGUGACGGGUGGACCUACCAUGGAGAGCCACCUCACCCUUCCCCCACUGGAGCAUGAGCACCUGAAUCAUUACACUGCUUACAAGACUGUGUACAAUCACGCCUCCACCAUCAAUUCUAUACACAGCUCCGCCCACGAACCUUUGCUAAUUCGGGCCAGCUCAAAAGACAAUGUACAAGAAACCCAGAUCUGAACUGCUUUUCAUAAUGGGGAUUAAACGAAGAAAAAAAAAGACCUCUAAAACUCUUAAGGAACAGUAUGUGACAUAUCGAUUUUGAAGA